AUGACCGCGCAGUUACGCACCAAGGUUUGCUGCCAUGUGAUCAAACGUGAUUAUUUAUUCAAAGUGUUGAUUGUCGGAGAUUCAUCGGUCGGGAAAUCGUCGUUGUUGCUCAGGUUUACGGAUAGCGUCUUCCAUGAGAGUUACGUAUCUACGAUAGGAGUUGACUAUGUGAGUUUUGUUUGA